AUGAACAAAAUUAUAUUCGCGCGCGAGACCCCCACACCCCCGUCUCGCGGCCGCGGCCGUCCCCCGCCCGAGGAAAUUGCUUUUCUUUCAGCGGGCGCCGGGCUCACACACGACGCGGGCGCGAGAGGGUUAACUCCGAGGCACACACAAUAUUAUAAUUUACGUUUCCCCGUAUAUCGCGCAAUAGAAGGUGCUAAAGUCGCCACCCAAAAGCCACCUACAGCCGCUAUGUGA